UUAGUAUAAUGUAACCUUUAUCAUUUGACAGAACUGACGCCAUAUAUUUUCGCGUCAUACAAACAACAGUCGAAGUCCCGUUAUCGACAUGUCGUUUAAAAGGGAUGGUGACGACUUUUCGGCACUAAAUUAUCAGCGGAAAAGUAGGGUGACAGAACUUCUGCAAGAAGACAUCACAGACCAAGAAGUAUCAAAAUUAAGGAAUGGAAAAUUUGUUUGCAAACUAUGUUUUCAUAAGCCGAUCUUCGACACAUUGAGUAUAUUUUAUGUUCACAAGCAGGGGAAGAAGCAUUUAGCAAGUCAGGAGUAUCAUGCACUGCAAAAACAGGAAGUGGACGAUUUAAUUGAGAAACGGAUGCAUGAAAAGACAGUGAACAUAGAGCAGUCACAAGUUCAACAACAGAUUAAAGUAAAAGUGCAACAUAAGGCAAGACCAAGUCCUUACCACAGGAGAAAGGUUAUGGAUCUCCACUAUCAGCCUUCAUCAGAAACCAGCACUGCAUUCGCCCAUAGUCUCUCUGGCAACAAGACUGCUGGGACAGAAGUGGAACGUUACUCUGGCAAGAAUGUCAAGCAUUUAGCGAAGGAUUGUGUAACAGAGUCACUUUCAAAUAACCAUGUGAAAAUGAGUUUAACUGAUAAGGAAAAGUGUGAUGUUAAAUGGAAGAAUAGAAAAGACAAUUUGAAAACUUAUGUUAAGUUAACAGCUUUUAAGUCAAGAGAUGAUUUUAAUAAUUCCUGUGAUGACAAUGAGGAAAUUGUAAGUAGUGCAAAUGUCAACAAAUUUAUAAACAACAGUGACACUGAAAAUACAAAGAACUAUUACCUAGCAAGGAAAAAACAAAAAUCUGACUAUGAAAAAGACAUACAGGCAACAUUAAUUGGUAAAGUUCACAAGGAGACUGAUGCCACAAGUACAUGUAGACUUGGACAAUCUUGGGAAAUGUUCAAAUCUGGCGCUAUACACAAAACUUCUACUCCACUGUUUACACAAGAAUGUGUGAAAAAGAAAACCAACAGUGCUAGGUCUUACAAAGAUGUCGAUAGAAGUAAAACUGCUGAUGCAGAGAAAAUGCUUCAAGCCUUUGGAUCAGGCUGGAAGAAGGACUGGACAGGUCAGUGGGUCAAGGACGACACUGUGGAGUUUGACUCGGAUGAAGAACCACCCAACUUCUGAAUGUUCUGUUAAUGUUUGUGUGCUAAACUGUGAAGGAACAUUGUUCUGUGUUCAGAUCCUUGAUUUAUCUGUUUGCAUCAUGUUUAAGGCAUGCAUACUCAUCGUGAGUGUUAAAAACACACCUCACAAAUGGAAUAAAAAAUGUUUGUUUUUUUAAA